CCAACAUGGCAGGCAGUAAGUUGGUGCUAGAAGGACGAGUAAGUGUAAAAGGCUUUAUUUUAGGGCUCAGCGUGGUUGUAAUCCCAUUGAUCAGAACCUGGUUUGGACACCUUGAUUGGGUAUUCGAUUAUCUAACGGAAACAUCCGGGAAAAUAGCGAUUUGCAUCCACAUUGCUGUUGUCAACGGCCUCUUGCUAAUCAUAUACAGGGGACCUCUGUACAAGGUUGCUGUGAGAGCCUGCUUUCUGGGAGUUACUUUUGGCUGUGGCUUAAUUAUAAGCUUCUCUGAAACCACCUGGACACAUUUUGGCUGGUACAUGUGCUCGCUGUCAUUCUUCCAUUACUCUGAGUACCUGGUGACGGCCAUCAUCAACCCUCGCAGCCUGUCUCUGGACUCCUUCCUGCUCAACCACAGUGUGGAGUACACCCUGGCUGCUAUCUCAUCCUGGGUGGAGUUCACUGUGGAGAAGAUGACAGUUCCAGAACUGAAGCAGCUGAGCUGGUUGAGCUUAAUGGGUCUGCUCAUGGUGCUGUGUGGUGAGGGCCUGCGUAAGGCGGCCAUGUUGACUGCGGGCUCCAACUUCAACCAUAUCGUCCAGAAUGAGAAGGCCCAGAGCCACGUGCUGGUCACAGAUGGGGUCUACUCCUACUUCAGACACCCCUCCUACGUGGGCUGGUUCUACUGGAGCAUAGGAACACAGGUCAUGCUGUGUAACCCGGUGUGUAUACUGGGCUACACGAUAGCCAGCUGGCGGUUCUUCCGAGAGCGGAUUGAGGAGGAGGAGCUCUCUCUCAUCCAUUUCUUUGCUGAGGACUAUGUGGAGUACAAGAAGAAGGUUCCCACCGGGCUGCCCUUCAUCUCAGGCAUCCGUGUCAACUAGUCUCGGAGCUGGAUGCUGGACAUAACAGACUUACAGUACUAAAGCAGGUCAGACCUGGUGGGUGUGUGGCGUCAGCCAUGACGGCUGCCCUCCAGAGGGAAACCCUGCAGCUGGCUGAGAGCCUGUAGCUCACAGACAGAGACUGUGACAGCUGGGAUGGCGACGGGCAGCUGGGCUGCUGUUUUUCUACCAACCUCCAAAAUCCAGUUAAAGACCAGACAACCUCCACUCUGCUACAUGUAUUCCAGUAACACCCACCCCAUCUGUUUCUGUUUUGUUUCUGUUUGCAUGCUUUGACCAUGCCGAGUUUCAGUGAUGACCUGCUGUGUUGGCGAGUGAUGUGAGCACUGGGCCCGUUGGUAUCACGUAGUCCAUCAGUGAGAUGACUUUGCUCAAGGUUAAAUGGCAAAUGUUUGGAGAUGUUUGACUUUCACAGGAAAUGUGAUGCACUGUCUCUAAUUUAGUCUAAAUUCACUGUCCCUAAAUUAACCAUUUUUAAACCAAACAAAUGCUUAAAGGAAUACUCCACAGCUGGUCUUAGUCUCAGUAUCCUGAUAUGACGCGAGUUGGGUCAAAAUGGUGUUCAGCCUGAUCAGGUGUGGUAGGGUGCCGUUGCAUUGCUGCAGAUUUGUGUAUCAACAUCAUGAAGCUUAAGGAAACUGAACUAAGCAGGAUAAAAAUUGUGUUUUUCUUUUUCAAACACGUGUUUUCCCUCUGGUCUCUUUCUGUAUUUGCUUGUUAAUGCAGAUCUCUACGCUCGCUUGAAAGGCGUAUAUACAGAAAGUUUGCUUCUUUACAGGUGGUAGCUGUAGCUAAAUCAAAUCAAAAUAUCCAUCGACACUUCUCAAACCGCUUCUACACCAUGACCUCCCCUCUGCACUGCUGAUUAUAUUUGCUCCACACUACAUUCAUAUUCCAGCAAAACUGGUUGACUGAACCCAUAUUGAAUCUGAAUCAGGACCUUGUGAACUGGAAUUCAGUUGAUUCUGGAAAUCAGUGGCGACAAACAGCCCUAUAUUUACAGCAAUUAAAGCAACAGCUGAACAUACUAACCCAAAUAUAUUCAGUGGGGUAUUCCUUUAAGUGUCCACAAUAAUUCCAACUUUUUCAAGGUAGAAAAGCUUCUCUACCAGAACAGACCAUGGACCACUAAAACCAAGGGUAUUGGUUCUUCUAGAGUUAGUAGCUCUUUAACACAGGGUGACCAAGUGGCUUCAAACACCAGUAGAAGGAACAAUAGGUAACAUUACAUUUUUUAUUUGAGAAUUUAUCCUCAAAGUCAUUGAACUAUAUAAUAGAAUGAUAAAAAUGUUUCAAUCAGGUUUUUGAUACUGUGUUAAAUGUGUUUAGUGAUGAAGCGCCAUCUGUUACAGGUGUCUGAGUAGAAGGCCAGCAGUGGCCUGGUUUAUGUCCAACCCUGAUCUCCACCCCUUAAUGUGCACUCAGGCUAAAACACUUCAGUCACAGCAUCAGUGUGAAUGAAACAUUGUCAAGUGGUUUUUGAAAGAUGUUUAUGAAGUGGCCGUUCCUCGUCAUGACGCUGACAUGUUUCUGAACACAGGGGCAUGUUGCAUGAUAGAUAUGAAAUUUAUGAUUUAUAAAAUAUAUAAGUCACUAGGCUUUUGUUAAUUUGUUUUGUUUUGUUUGGUGGUAAAUCACCAUUUUGAACAGUAUUGUGUCCUGUCAUCGUCAGCAUCAGUUCAUCACUGUGUCUCUUGUUGACUUGUCAAACUCGCUUUGUGUUAGAAACCAACCAAAUGACUUAGUUGUGUAUUAGUGAAGGGGUUGAAAGAGCAGACUCUGUAGCUCUCUCUCUCUUUUUGAUCUGUCAGAGUGGCCUCACAGUGCUGCUCUCCACUCCCCAGGCGCUUGUGAGACAGUACUGGCGACUGGUGAAGGUAGCUAAGGUUUGCCCAAAAAUUUGCUCCAUUUGUCGGUAGGUGUUUUUUUGUGGAAAAAGUUGUUUAAGCGAAAUCUAGCAACAAAGACAACACAGCUGUUUGGCGCCAAAUCAUUUUGAAAGAGCAACAACCAAUGAGGAAACGCCAACACUGAGUCGGCAGACCAAUGUUGUAACUUCAUCACUCAGUCACAGCGACAUUUGCAGCCAAAAAUGAAACGUUGCCUGUGGAGUUUUUGACCACCUGUGGCGCUGUGGUGCCAUGAUUGGAUGAGCACGUCAGAGGGUGGUAAUGAUAUGAUGAAGAAAUUAACAGGGUAACGUUCAAGAGGUGCAAUCUAUUUAUUCUGAAUGUUUAGGAAUAUAUGUUUUUGGAAGAUUGUCCCAUUGGUCAACUCAUGUACAAACAGAUGAAAAACAUAAUUAUUUCCCAGAAUAGACCUGUAUAUUCACAGGUCUGAGCUAACACAUGAGGACAAAGUCAAAUAUAACUGUUCUACAGCAGUGAGAUGAUAUUCUGUGAUAGUUACACAACCAAGCAGGUGCCAUGGAGGAAAGAGAAACUAAUUUGUGCACACAGUCUUUUGUGUUGUCAAAAUAAAUCCUGAACAAUUUCUACUACUGAAAAUUGAUCAUUCCUACACAUAGAUUAAUUGAACAAUGCAUUAAACGAAGCAAAACAUUUGAAUAUAUGUUGAAGUGAUUUCCAAGGUAACAGAGUUGGGAGUCCUGGUGGUCGGAGUCACUGACCACGUCCCAGCUUUGAUUCCUGCUGGAAACCUUUGUUGCAUGUCAUGUAACAAACAUGCUCAUUUCUUUGCUUUCUGUCCACACUUGGAUUUAAUGCAGGAUUCGCCUGGUACACAACAAAGCACUAUCUCUGGUAACUCUCAAAUAUAUAACUAUAAAUGGAGGAAUCUCUUGUCUGUCUUUCUGUCUGCAUUUAUUUCAAUUUUCUUGACACCUGCUCAUCUUUUCGACUUCAGACUUGGUGGGUGUGUUGCUGAGGACUUGGGGAAGUGCAGUGUUGACUCUGAAGUUGUUUGAAUGAGGGGUUCUUGAGAAAAUUUAAAAUACAGACAUGAAACAACCCAUAUAUAAACCCUACUCAACCAUCCAACUGACAGAGGGUUGUAUGACAUCAUAAUUGUGCCUGAUGUCACAGUUUGACAUCCUCGCAUAAAUUGUGAUAUCAUUAAUGUCACGACAAACCAAGCCAUCAGCCCCUUCCAGCAGGCACUGCACUAACUAAAUAACUACAAAUGGAGGAAUCUGUGUAUUUCAAUUUCAAAUAAUGAUGUCACACAAGCUGAGAUGUCACCGGUGAUGUUACAGAAUGUUUCUUUGAAUUUGUAAAUAGAAACCAUUAUUCUCAUCAGGCUACCAACAGAGAUAUUUUGAACUGGCACUGCACUAGUAUCCUAAGAUAUCCAUAAUAAUGUUUAAUGCUGUGUGUUGUUACUUUGUGCAUGCUAUUGAUUCAACAGCACAAAUUAUUAACACACGCAGGAUUCGCUAAUUUUUUAAAACAAAUUAGUUUGUGUGCACAAACUAGCCAGAUAACGUGUGUUGUAUUGAAUAGAGUACAGUGUGUGUUCAUGGUGAUGAAGGAACAUGUGACCCAGUGCUACAGCGAUUCACUGAGGUGUUUUAAUAGUUUUUAAACAACAAAGGAGCUCUAUAUAUCUUCAAUAUACACGCAAUAUAUGUUAAUGGGAGACAUUUAUUGUUGGUUUGGCUCUGCACGUGGCAGUUGUUGACAAUAAAUUAGCGCUCAUCCUCUUCAGGAUAUCACGCUCAUUUCAAGUUACUGCCCAUAACUGCAGUGUGAUGUGUAAAAGCACCUCAUCAUCUAAACACAAGCACUGUACCUACUACUGUAUGCCAAAGUUUUAGCUUGUUACCUUCACUCAAAAUGGUGUUUGAUCAUUUUAGCUUUGUGUCCAUGAAGAUGCCACUUAAAGUUCUGUAUGCUGCAGUUGUAGCAUGAUAACUAACUACUGUCACUUCACACUGUGCUGAGGUAUAGAGCCUGCUAAUUGCUACUAAUCCCAACACUCAGGGCUAGCUUGGAAGACACAAGAAAUAUUCCACCAAUUCAUUAAUUUAGUUUUCAUUUUGACCAGUGGCACAAUUUACUAAAUACUGGAUUUUCUUUAAUGCAGUCAGAGAAUGCAUGUGUGUAUGUACCUGGUUUUGGGGUGAAGAGUGUUAAAAGUGAUUCACUUGUAGCAUAUCUGUGAAGUGCACUGUAUAGGGUUAGAUAAUGAAACAACUGUAUGCAAGGUGUUGAGAUAAUGAGUUGACUGUUGCAGCAUGGCACUUGAGUUGAGUUUUGGAUAUAUUGCACUUUUACUGUAUGAGUACCAUUUAUCGUAGGCCUGUAUUAGACAGUUUGUCACUCUGACUGACAACUGUUGGCUGAUUACAAAGCAGAUUUUCUCAACACCACUUGUGUGAAAUAAAAUCAAGGCAAUUAUUA